AAUGAAACGUUUUACAGAGGUUUCGAGUGGAAAGUAUGACGAAGCCAGAAAAAAUGAUUUCACGCCAAAAUUUACAACUGUGAGCGUUAAUGGCAAAGAAGUACAAAAUGGAGGAGGGAAAAUUUUCUUUUUAAAGAAAGGCGACAAUGUUGAAUUGACUUGUAAGUGUGGCGAAAAAGACCAAUAUGGGCAGUUGGGUUUCUCGAUUAAUCAAAAGAUAAGCAAUACUGAUAAUUAUACAACGGACAUUGCUUUGGACGAGAGUCUCAUUGUUGACUUAAAAAGAACGUAUUCAUACGAUUAUACAUCUACCGCAUCUGAUAACAUCUUGAAAUUAACUAUUCCUCUGAUGGAAUAUGAAGAUAGUGGAAAUUAUAUAUGUCGAAACCGACUGACAACAGUUAGUGGCCAUAUUGAUGACGUGAUAAAAUUGGCAGUAUUAAAUAAUGAAGAGUCCCUUCGUUUCAUUGCAAAUGGACAAGAACUAUCUAAUACUCUGGAAAUAUCGGAAAAAAAUCUCAAUUCAAAUGUCAAUUUUACGUGCGGAACGAUUAGCUUCCCAAAACCGAGUAUAACUAUUUAUCAAACGGUCAAAGGAAAUAAGAAAGCUCUACCAAACUUGAAAGUAGCUAUAGAUAAUGAGAUUGUAAAAUCCAACAAAAACAAAUAUUAUUCAUCGAUUUUCGACACGGCCGUUUAUGUAAUUCAUAAAUUAUCGGCUGACGAUUACGAUACAGAAUUUGGGUGUGAAUCGGUAAAUGCUGGUCCCGAUACUAAAAAAUAUAAAAAUAUCAGGAUAGAAUUACCAGAUGGCGAACCGAUUAUCAUUUUUGAAAAUAUGGAAAACGAUGUUAAAACCGUUACAAUAUCUAAGGAAAAUACUCAAUAUAUCGCCGUAUUUCAUGUUUUAUCAAAAACGUCCGUAAGCGGACAUAUCAUGCUUAAAUCAAAGGAUAGUCGACAAGAUAGCUUUAAUGUCACAAUUGUGAGAAAGUUGGAAGGAAACAAAUUUGAAUUAACUAUACGAAUACCAAGCUUGCAGGAGUGGCAUUUAGUAGCGGAUGGUAUGCUACAUGUUACAAAUGAUAGAGGUACAACAACAGAGAAAAUACAAUUGGAUCGUAGAUCGCUUCAACUAUCAUUGCAAUUGAAAACGAACAUAGACAAGGAGGAACAGCAUUUUUUGGAUUUGAAAAGUUCUAAUUUAUCAUUAAUCGAAAUUAUAUGCGAAGCACAAAUAUCCGACGAAGAUAAAAAGUCAUUAAAGAAUUUUGUGAUAGCUAAAAAAUGCCUUCCAGCUGGUAAGGAUGGUAAAUGCAUUUUAGAUAAAACAGAGGAUAUUUCUGCCGGCGAAGUGUUUGUCGCUAUGCAAGGCAACACUUAUAAUACGCCGGCGAGAUAUUCGCUUAUAGGCGAUGAGGACAACACGGACAAUACUUUACGAGAGGUUUUGGUUAUCGAUAAGCCUCAACCAGAAGAUGGAGGCACAUACCAAUGUAAAAUACCUCGUGUAGUGAAUCCUUUAACUGCUAGUGCAACUAUACCAAUCUAUUACCCUAAAGAAACAUUUUCAAUGAAAGUAAGACCCGGAACUAGCUCUGACAAGAUGUAUCUUUAUGAAUCAUACAAUGAAGAAGAGAGUCUAAUUGCAGACGAAAAUGAUAAAUUUAUAAUUGAUUGCUCAAUAACUAAAACAUUUCCGCUUCAUGAGAUCGAUGUUCUUAUUGACGAUAAACCAAUGUCUGAGGCACAAAUGGGAAAAACAAAAUAUAAAACAUUUCGCACAUUGAAAGACGGCGUUCACGUGUCGCUUUAUAGUAGCAGUAGAGAGGUGACAAUACCUUUUAAAUACGAAUAUGAUGGAAAGUCAAUAAAGUGCGCAGCCUACGUAAAAGGGGCUAGAGAACAAAGCUUAAUAACAGUGGGUGUUAAAGUUGGAAUUCAAAGCUAUAAACCGAAAUUCAUCUGCGACUCUGUCCAAUAUGCCGAAAGUAACACUAAAAAUUGGAAACUAAAAUGUCAAGUGAUCUCAAAGCCUUCAAUUAGAGAAGAAACAGCCAAAUUUGCUUAUACUUACGAUAUAACAAGGGGAAAAGCGAAUUUUAGUCUGGGACGAAUCGAUAACUUUGCUGGUCAUUAUAUAGCAGAACUAAAGCAGAUUGAGAAUAAUUUAUAUGAAAUGAUAUUAAGAAUAACGCGAGUAACGAGGAGAGCCUAUACUGAUUAUUAUUUUGAAAUUGCUAAUCAGAGAGGAAAAACAGUUAAACAUAUUGUACUUAAGAAAACGAAAGUUUCUAAAAGAGUUCUAAUGAAUGACAAUGGGUCUACAAGAUCAAAUUACAGUUUUAAGUGUAUCCUAUUUCUAGUCACUAUGCUGUUUGCUAUGCAGUAG